AUGCCGUACAACGUGCGGGCUGUUGUUGGUAAAAAAAAAGGAAAAUUCGUGAAAGAGAAAGUGAAACGAGCAAUAGAAGCUGUUAAAAACAAUCUAUAUCGACACACCGAGAACAAGUACGAUGAUUCUGUCAAAUCUAACCUCGAAGGACGCAGAAUUGUCGAAUUGAAAACGCUGGGACUGCAGUUGUGGUGUCAAUAUUGUGACCUGGCAUUAUCUUUGAGGGAUGUCACGGAUGAACAACGAUGUGGAUUUGCAAGUGUGUUAAGAGUUGCUUGCAACCAUUGUGGAAAAAUAAUUAUGGUUCACACGAAUAUACGAAAUUCCCAGACAAAAUGUCACGAUGUAAAUUUGAAAGCAGCAAUAGCAAUCAUUGAUUCUGGUAUAGGCGAGAGCCAAAUGAACACUAUCUGCUCAGCAAUGAACAUACCAAGUGUUUCUGCAAAGCUGCUGAAACGGAGCGAGAGGAUUGUGGGUUCAUUAAGCUUGAAAAACAACUAUCGGUUGAUAGGGAUCAGGUUCAGAAACACGCAUUUUUAUAUAUGUCGAAAUUAUGUUCGAGUUUUUAUUCACAGUAAUGAAAGUGCCGAUCCGAUUCCAACAAAACCCGAAAGUUCCGAAUCCAUUUCCGACACGAUAGAAAAUCGUUCCCCUGAAAAGUCUCCUGAAACUAAUAUAAUAGCUUCUAUUGAUACGGGAUGGCAGAAGAGAGGCACCGGUCAUGCGUACAACAGUCAUAGUUCACUAAUCGGUUAUCACUCGGGUAAAAUAUUGUCCUAUUCUACGCGCAACAAGAAAUGUAGGCUUUGUGAAGCAGGACAGAAGAAAGAAGACCAUCAAUGCAGGUGCAACUUCUCUGGGUCUGCGAAAGCUAUGGAGCCUGAUAUGGCUGUGGAACUAGUCAACAGAAAUGAUCUUCUUAAAACAGAAGGGACCAGAAUAUCAGUUCUCAUUGGCGAUGACGAUUCGUGCACUAUUGCAGCAGUUCGUAGAGAAGCUGGAGGACUGAUAGAGAAAUGGUCUGAUUUUAACCACGCGCAUAAAGCAUUCAAAAAUGCUUUGUACCGAAUGAAGCUGCAGCCUAAUUUGAUAAAAUAUUUUUCGAAUUGUUUUUCUUGUGCGGUUAAACAAAAUGAAAAAAAUCCCAGAGGUGUAGAGGCGGCACUGAAGAACGUAGUACCUCAUGCGUUUGGUAACCAUAGUAAUUGUGGUGAAUGGUGCGAUUACAAGCUCAUGGGAGAAGAUUAUGUACACAAGUAUCUUCCACGGGGGCAGCCUCUGUCCGACACAAACCUCAAAGAAUCCGUUUCGAAAUUAUUUGAUCGUUUUGCUGCCAAUGCCGAUAAGCUUGCACCUUGCGCAUCAAGUCAAGCAAAUGAAAGUUUUAACAGUCUUGUUGCUAACAAACACCCGAAAUCAAAAUUCUACGCGGGAUCAGAAUCUUUCGAUUAUAGGGUUGCAGCUGCAGUAGCUCAAAAAAAUAUUGGAACUAAAUAUGUCCUUGAAGUUAAUAAGUUAAUGGAUUUAUCACCGGGCAAAGAAACGCAUAAAUAUCGGGAAUCCAAAGAUAGAAAGAGGGAGACCCAAGCCAAAUACAGAAAAUCGGUGGAAUUCAAAAGGAAAAGGCUUUUCGCUACAAAAAAAAGAUCUGCAAAAACUAUGGCAAUAUCACAGCGAGAAGGAAUUACGUACCAAACGGAAAGUGGAUUCAGCAAUGUAUCAGACAUUUUACAUGAUUCGUACAUCAGCGAAAACGUUGAUUUCGAAAGGUGCUCUAUCGUUGUAUUUGAUUUGGAAACUACUGGAUUGCACAAAACAGCUGAAAUAUGCCAGAUUGCUGCAUGUACCAAGGAAGCUUCAUUCGAUUCAUAUAUCAUACCGUCAAAAGGUAUGUCACCUGGAUCCACUCAAGUUACUGGGUUGCGAGUUUUGAAUGGGGAAAUGUAUUUGGAAAAUACUAAAUUGGAUACUGUACCAGCAAAGACUGCGUUUACCAAUUUUUUAAAUUUUCUACAAUCUCAAGACCAACCGCUUAUUCUUGUAGCACACAACGCUUUUAGAUUCGAUGCACCGAGGAUUCUGCAGUUGGCGGCAGAUUUGGGCUUGAAGGACGAAUUUUGUUCAAGAGUAAAAGGAUUUGCUGAUACGUUACAUAUUUUUAAAGAAAAACUUCCAGAUCGGAAGCUUAGAAAACAGAAAUUUUCUCAGGAAGCACUUGCUACAGACUUCAUUCACCCCAGUCAAAUACAAGAAGCACACAAUGCGAUCAACGACGUGCAAAUACUCCAAACAUUAAUAGAUAAUAUUGGUGUUGAAAAAUCGCUAAUUGCUAAACACACGCGAAGUGUUCCUUGUAUUUUAAAAGCGGGCACAACUGCAAAAAUAACUGCAAGCAAUAAAGCUUCCUUGCACAAGUUUACCGAUAUUUCCGAACAUAUGAAAAUGAAAAUAUCAAAAGCCGGCAUCGACGAAGCUUUGCUCAAAAAAGCUUUUAAAACUGGAUGUGACGAAGGUGUACGAAUUUUAUUAGCAGAAGAUGUCGGAGGUAGACCAAGAGUGACAAAAAAUAAAAAGAUUAUAGAGAAAAUAAUUCAACAACUGAAAAUUACUUGAUUUCAUACAGUCCACGAUAUUUUACUCCACGAUCUAUUACGAAUUUUUUCUGGUCUCAUUACCUGUGAUGUAUAACAUAAUUUAUUAUUGUUGGAAA